AGCUUCUUCAGUCUUCGCCUCGCUGCUUUCGAGGUAGGAAGUGGAAUGCGUUAUUAGCGGGUUCCCUUGCGGUGUUAGACGCGCGCGUACGUGAAGCGGUUUAAGACGCAUUUCCCGUGCUGCACUGUUACUGACAAUGGAAACUUAUUCUCGUUUACUGUUCGUUAGUUUUGUUAGUGUGUGUGAUGUGACAUGUUAGUUGUGACGUCACUGGGCACAGAGUGUUGUGAGCGUCUGUCGAGAACACAACGGGAAAAGUGUUAAAAAAGUGUUAGACGUCAGUAUGACGCCACUCCUGCUGCUUAGUUUGCUGACAGUCCUAACAGUUGAGUGCCGUAGUAUAACGAGUAGACACGAGGACGCCCUUAAGGACUGCCAGUGGCAACGCAUGAUACCGCCUCCCGGAUCGGAGAGUGAUGAUGACGCCGCCACCUCAGCGUCGGUUGUUCUCGCGUGCCGCUUGCGAACAAUCGGCGGUACGGACAGCCUGCUUAGAAAUCUCACGUCCUCGCAGGUGGAGCGCAUAACGGCCUUGCGACUCGAGUGUAGUGAUGUUCUGUUCUUCGAGAGCUCACUUGAAAGCAAUAACAAACAUGACGGCGGAAGUUUUCUGGGUCAGCUUCGGCGGUUACGUGACCUUCGCAUCGAGUUCUGUAAGAUCAGGUACGUGCCUUCCGCCGUGUUGGCGUCCCUGCGCGAGUUACGGCACCUCUCGCUACGCACCCACAACACGGACUGGUCAGCCAUGACCAUGGAGUUCCAUCCGCACAGUUUUCGUGGCCUUGCCGAGCUCCGUAACCUUGAUCUCGCAGACAACAAUAUAUGGACUCUGCCUGCAGAACUUUUCUGUGCACUGUACAGUCUCUCUCAUCUCAAUCUUAGUCGUAACCGAAUACAAGACGUUGCCGAGCUCGGAUUCUCGGAUUGGGGAAAUGGCCCAUCGGCUCCUGGGAAAACUUGCAACGUUGGUCUCGAAGUUCUUGACAUGUCAGCAAAUGACAUUAGUCUUAUGCCGGAUAAUGGUUUAUCUAGCCUUCGCUCCCUCCAGAAAUUAUAUAUCCAAGACAAUUCACUUUCAUCCCUGGCUGAUAGGGCCCUUGUUGGCCUCAUUUCCUUGCAAAUCCUCAACGCCUCGAGCAAUUUGCUUGUCGCCCUCCCGCCGGAAUUAUUCCAGAGUUCACGUGACAUAAAAGAGAUCUACUUGCAGAACAAUUCCAUAAGUGUGCUUGCUCCGGGCCUGUUCGAAGGCUUAGAUCAACUUCUAGUGCUGGACAUCUCGUCCAACGAGUUGACCAACAACUGUGUCAACCGCGAUACAUUCUCUGGUUUGGUCCGUCUUGUGGUACUCAACUUGGCACGCAACGAUAUCACACGGAUAGAUUCUCACGUUUUUCAAGAUCUGUACAGUCUGCAGAUCCUCAACCUUGAGGAGAAUGGUGUCGAAGUGAUUACAGAAAGUGCUUUUUCCAGUCUCAGUAACCUCCAUGCUCUAACACUGACGCACAAUAGCUUGGUUCAACUGGAGCCGUAUCAUUUCGCUGGACUUUAUGUGUUAAAUCAACUGUUCCUGGACAACAAUCAUAUAAAAUCCAUCCACCCUCGCACAUUCGAGAACUGUACUAAUUUACAGGACCUUGGUAUUAGUGGGAAUUCUCUGAGUGAAGUGCCUGAAGGAAUCGAUCAACUUCGCUAUCUCAAGACGUUAGACUUGGGAGAGAACCAUAUAUCCAAACUCAGUAACACUUCCUUCGAAGGACUGGACCAAUUGUACGGUUUACGUCUUAUCGACAAUGAGCUAGUAAACAUUUCCAGGGACGCAUUUUCAGGUCUACCGUCUCUUCAGGUGUUGAACUUGGCAUGUAACAAGAUACAGUUUGUUGAUCAAGGUGCUUUUGGGACGAAUCCAACCCUCAGAGCAAUAAGACUUGAUGGUAAUAUGCUGACUAAUAUUGACGGUAUAUUCACACACCUUCCUGGACUCGUGUGGCUUAAUGUGUCUGACAAUCAGCUGACUUGGUUUGAUUACGCUUUGCUGCCACAAAGUCUCGAGUGGCUUGAUAUGCACAAGAAUCAAGUGUCUAAGUUGGGUAAUUAUUUUGACAUUCGCAGUGAACUGCAAAUCAAAAUGCUGGAUGUGAGUUUCAACAGACUGACUGAAAUAGGUGAAGCUUCAAUACCUAACAGUGUGGAGAGUGUUUUCCUAAAUGACAAUAUGAUAAAAAAAGUGCAGGCCAAUGCUUUCCUCAAGAAAGUGAAUUUGAGUAGAGUUGUGUUAUAUGCAAACGAACUUGAAAACUUGGAUUUUGGCGCACUGAGACUCCAACCCGUACCAGAAGACAGAGAUCUCCCCCAGUUCUAUAUUGGCGGGAACCCAUUUCACUGUGACUGUACCAUGGAGUGGUUGUACAGAAUUAAUCAACUGAGUCAUCUAAGGCAACACCCACGUGUCAUGGACCUAGAUACUGUUACCUGCCGUGUCUCUUACUCGCGAGGCGAUGUAAAUAGACUCCUCCUUGAUCUGAAACCAUCACAGUUCCUCUGUCCAUACGAGACGCACUGCUUCGCCCUGUGUCACUGCUGUGACUUUGAUGCUUGUGACUGUGAGAUGACAUGUCCUGAAAACUGUACAUGCUACCACGAUCACACGUGGUCAGCCAACGUAGUUGACUGUUCCAACGGAGGCCACAAAUCGGUUCCAGCUAAAAUUCCAAUGGACGCCACUGAAAUCUAUUUGGACGGAAAUGAACUGACAGAGCUUGGUAGUCACGUGUUCAUAGGGAAGAAGAAGCUUGAGGUGUUGUACCUGAACGGCAGCAACGUAGCAGCAAUCCACAAUAGAACGUUUAAUGGCGUGACGUCACUCCGUGUCUUGCACCUGGAGAAUAAUCUGCUUCAGGAACUGCGAGGAUUUGAGUUUGAUCAGCUCGAGAAUCUGAACGAAUUGUAUUUGGACCACAACGACAUUUCGUACGUGGGUAACGCAACGUUCUCAGCAAUGCGGUCCCUAGCAGUACUUCGGCUGGAUCAGAAUAAGAUCGUUAACUUCUCACCAUGGCAACAACUGGCAGCGGCAGGAGACUCCCUGGUUCAGGUCUCCCUUGACGGCAACAUGUGGACCUGUGAAUGUGAAUCCACGAGCCACUUGGCGGAGUGGCUGCGAGACAACAAGGAUGCUAUGAGUGGUUCCAAUCCAAGCAAGAUGUUAUGCCUCGACGGGAGUAACAAGAAGCCGAAGGAAAAUUUGUCGGAUUUUAUCAAACGAUGCAAUAAAGGUAAUCAGAACGCUGUUGCAACAUCCGUGGUGCAGAAGAACCCGCUAUUUACCACCAGCAUUUUAGCAGAAAGUUACGUGCCACUUCUAGCAGCAUCUCUGGCUGUUAUAAUGGUCAUAUUACUCGUCAGCACUCUCAUAUUUAUAUUCCGCCAUGACGUCAGGCUGUGGGCACAUUCUCGUUAUGGCGUUCGCUUAUUUAGCGAUUCUGUGACUUCUUCUGAAGCUGAUGACGACAGAGACAGGCUCUAUGAUGCCUACAUGGUCUACAGUAUCAAAGAUGAGGACUUUAUAAGCACGGUAAUAGCUUCAGAACUGGAACAGAGUGGAUAUACCAUGUGCCUUCAUUAUCGCGACAUCCAUAUCAUGGCCGGAGCUUCAUACCUGGCAGAUAGCGUGCUGAGUGCCUCAGAUGCCUCCCGCAAAAUCAUUAUCGUGUUAUCCCUCAGUUUCCUGCAGAAUGAAUGGGACCGACCAGAAUUCCGGGCGUCGUUACAGGCUUCUUUGGAACAAACACGAAUUGCCAUGAGAAGAAACAAGGUGAUAUUUCUUCUGACUACCGAACUGCAGACAUUGAAUCUUGACCCAGAUCUGCAGCUCCUUCUGAGGACUUGCACUGUAAUAUCAUGGGGGGAGAAGAGGUUCUGGGAAAAACUGCGUUAUGUUAUGCCCGACGUGGCUGCAGUCAAGAAAAAGAUAAAAAACCGAAAAUCAUCUUCAGUAGCAGUCAAUGAAGUGAAGAAGAAAGUCGCGAGAGAUGAAGCUGGCAACAUGGCUUCUAAAGUUGCCAGCACCAGGUACAUCGCGACGCCAACGUCUCUAGAUUCCUGGUAUAAGUAUUCAGUCAUAUCACAGCCGACGGCUCCUUUACACCAGGCGGUGCCAACCCCUACUCCCACACAGUCAACAUACGUGUCCGAGAAUUCUUCACAGAGGACCACUGACCAUGAAGAAGAGGAAGAGAGCUCCAGUACAACGAACGGCAGUCACCAGUAUGAGUUCCCCGAUCAUCACAAUGUGCACAGCCACACGAGGCAUCCCCAUCAUCACCACAAAAAUAACAACCACAGAAACCACCACCACUUGUACAGCACCAUCCCAGAUUCGACACCACUGACUUAUCCUCACAGCAGAUCUUCUACGUCGAGCGGAGACCCCACGGAGAACUACCCUGCCAGCAUGUGCAAGCAUACCAACGCGAUCGUCGCAAACGGGAGGACUUAUUUCGUGUAGAGUGAGAGUGGGCCCUUAGGAGACAUAAAUACUUGCGCUCAACCCAAAGUGAUAAAGCGGACGUGAGACACAACUUCGAUGUUUCGACUAGUCAACUGAGAGACUUUGAGCUGAAGAUUGUCGGUGAAGCGACCAUGAUCAUGGUUACACUGAAGACUUCAGCAUCCAGAGACGCAAGAAAGUAACGAUGUAGUACAUAUCUUUAGAAGAAACAAUAGUGACAAUUUUUGAAAUGAAGAUUCAAUGUUCGUUAACAGUGAUAAUGUUUAUAACACCGUGAAACACAAGCUAUAUUCAUGCAUCUAUACAAGACCGCGUUGUCACUGUGUAGGUUCAGUGCUCAUGUAAUGUAAAUGAACAAGCAUGACUCAUGUUUCCGAUACAAGUAAAAUAGAAUGAACUGACGAGAUAGAAAGGAUUCUGAGUGAGUUAUUAAGGCCUUGUUACGUGAAUUAUACCAACAAAAACAACGUGUUCUUUCCACGGAGCAAACAUGAAAUCGUAUACCAAUUAGGGUCCAAGAUUACAUUCGGAAAUUACAGAUGCUUAUCUAGAAGCAUACAGAAUCGUGCUGUAAUGUAUUGAGUGCAGUAUUAUGUAACCUUGCUUUCUUCUAGGAAAUUGUACGAUCUAUUCUAGUUAGUUCAGAUAUUAAGAAAGUCUGUAAGACAGGUCUAAAUAUCUGUAAGGAUCAAAAUAGUAUGUAAAGACAUAGAGAAAAAAUCCAUAUAAUUUCUUAUGGUUUCAUAAGCCUUCAUACAUAAUUGUUUAUUGCUUUAAAUUCUGGGCUAUAUUAUUAUUUUAAGAUACAGGUGUGAUUCUGACUAACUGAUCCAGUGAUUACCCUUAAACUGAACAUUCCGGAUUCGAUUUCCGACAAGGGCAUUUAUUUUUCUUUUGACCCUUACCUUCAGGCCGUUCCAAGGUACAUCUAGCCUCUUGUCAAAUUUUUACUGAGUGGCUUAUUUCCAAAGGUUAAAGCAAAAUUAGCUUGAAGUUGACAAUUCACUAAACCAAGUACAUUACUGAGAACUAAAAUGCGCAGGGCUUCACCUCAUAUUUAAUAUACAAGUUUAUUAUGUGAUGUUUAGAUGGAAAAUAAUUUAUUUUCGACGUUUAAUAUGCAAUUUUAUUAUGUAAUUGGUGAUAUUUAUUUUUAAUAUUAUUGUGUAAACUCUAAGUAACUUAUUAUUUAAAUCCUAGAAUUUUCUAAGUCUUACAUUACAAAUAAGUCUUGUCAUACUAACAGUGUUGAGUUCUCUUUGCGUUUAUGAAUUGCAGAGGUUUCUUAGAAAACAACUGGUAACUUUACGGAAAGGAUAUACUUGUAUGAAUGAAAUAUUCCCAACAGGUAUAUGGAAGAGGAUGAUAAUUUCGAAUGAAGUGUUUUCAGGCGAUCAGCUCUGUCGACAGUGAAUAAAAAUGUGACAAGUAAGAGACUGUCUCCCUAUCAUCAGUUACAGAUCAUCAGUCCCCCUGAAGACUGAAGUGUACAGUCAGACUAAUGACGAAGACAGUCUCAAAAAUGUAAAACUGUUAUUAAGCGUCCCAUCCCCCGAUAAGAACUAUAUUUAUGUAAGAUUUGAGGCUUUCACGGCGGUGACUAUGAAGAAAGCAGUCUGCUUUUAC